AUGAAGAGAAACCUAAAUGAAAAUUCAACUCGAAGUACAGCAGGCUGUUUGCCUGUACCAUUGUUCAAUCAGAAAAAGAGGACUAGACAGCCAUUAACUUCCAAUCCACUUAAAAAUGAUCCAGGUAUCAGUACUACUUCUGACAGCUAUGAUUUCCCUCCUCUACCAACAGAUUGGGCCUGGGAAGCAAUGAAUCCAGAGGUGCCUCCUUUAACAAAAACAAUGAACACAGGGCAAAUACCACACUCAGUUUCUCAUCCCUUGAGAAGUCAAGAUUUUGUGUCUAAGUCUAUUCAAUCAAAUAAUGAAAGGAGCAAGAGUGGUUGGAGCUACAGCGAUGGCAACAAAAAUACCAGCUUGAAAACUUGGGAUAGAAAUGAUUUUAGGCCUCAAUGCAAAAGAACAAACGUGGCAAAUGAUAGGAUAAAUUCUUGUCCAAUGAGUUUGGGAGUGCAACAACAGAAACAAUCAAGAAUAUCUCAACUUCCUAACUUACCUCACCAAAGAGAAAGUGAAGUACUCAGACAAACACAUGUGUCAAAAAUACCUGGCUCCACAAUGAGAAGUCUAGAUGAAAACAGUGCAUUACAGGCAUUUAAGCCCAAUUUCCAACAAAAUCAAUUUAAGAAAAACAUAUUAGAUGAUAUUCCAGAAGACAACGCUCUCAAGGAUGCCUCAUUAUAUCAGUUAAAGUUUAAGGGAAAAGAUAAUUCCUUAAGAAUAAUAUCUGCAGUUAUUGAAAGCAUGAAGUACUGGCGUGAACAUGCCCCCAAAACUAUACUUCUUUUUGAAAUAUUGGGUGUUCUUGAUUCAGCUGUUACACCUGGACCAUAUUAUUCAAAGACUUUUCUUAUGAGAGAUGGGAAAAAUACUCUGCCUUGUGUAUUUUAUGAAAUAGUACUUAAAAUGUAGAUGGAAGGAAGGAAUCAAACUACCUUCACAGAGUUUCUUCUUCUGGGAUUACUCAUCCAAUCAGAGCAGAAAAACCUGUCCUAUGCCUUGUUCCUGGUCAUGUAUGUUACCACCGUCCUGGGGAACCUCCUCAUCAUCGUGCUCAUUCUCCUGGACUCCCACCUCCACACACCCAUGUAUUUGUUCCUCAGCAAUUUGUCCUUCUCUGACCUCUGCUUCUCUUCUGUGACCAUUCCCAAGUUGCUGCAGAACAUGCAGAGCCAAGUCCCGUCCAUCCCCUACUCAGGCUGCUUGGCCCAAAUGUACUUCUUCCUGUUUUUUGGAGACCUGGAGAGCUUCCUCCUGGUGGCCAUGGCCUAUGACCGCUACGUGGCCAUCUGCUUCCCCCUGCACUACACCACCAUCAUGAGCCCCAGGCUCUGUCUCUCCCUGGUGGCGCUGUCCUGGGUGCUGACCACAUUGCAUGCCUUGUUACACACUCUGCUCAUGGCCAGGUUGUGUUUUUGUGCCGACAAUGUGAUCCCCCACUUUUUCUGUGACAUGUCUGCUCUGCUGAGGCUGUCCUGCUCUGACACUCAAGUUAAUGAGUGGGUGAUAUUUAUCACGGGAGGGCUUAUUCUUGUCAUCCCAUUCCUACUUAUCAUCAUGUCCUAUGCACGGAUUGUGUUGUCCAUCCUCAAGGUCCCUUCUGCUAGAGGUAUCCGCAAGGCCUUCUCCACCUGUGGCUCCCACCUGUCUGUGGUGUCACUGUUCUAUGGGACAAUUAUUGCUCUCUAUUUAUGCCCAUCAGCUGAUAAUUCUACUGUUAAGGAGACGGUCAUGGCCGUGAUGUACACUGUGGUGACGCCCAUGCUGAACCCCUUCAUCUAUAGCCUGAGGAACAGGGACAUGAAGAGAGCCCUUGGAAGAGUGAUUUCAAGAAAUGGAUAA